UGAAAUCGGCAGAAAAGUCCGAACUGUCCCUUUAAUGUGUUACGUUCAGCCAACCAGGCUUCGCGAUAUCUGGAGGUGUGUACUUCCGUUUUUGGUGAAGGUUAUACGUCAAGACACGAGGUAUUUUGGGGGAAAUAUCGGACAGAUUUCGUCACCAAUUUUAAGUUUGUUUUCUAGUUUGACACAUAAAUAACAGUUGCGGAUUCCAGAGGGUAGCGCGGUAGAUAUCCGUCAUGGAGCCACCUCUAGAACUAAUCGAGGUGGAACAAGGAACGAAUGUAACAUCUCGGCAGACUGCUCUUGAUGCAGUCAUUGAUUUUACUGGAGGGGUGGCAGGUGGCAUAGCUACAGUAUAUGUUGGGCAGCCAUUGGACACGGUUAAAGUAAAGAUCCAGACAUUUCCUACCAUGUACAGAAAUGCUCUAGAUUGCUUCGUUCAGACGUUUAAACAGGACGGCAUAGCCAGAGGACUUUAUGCUGGAACUGUGCCGUCGCUCGCUGCCAAUAUAUCUGAAAAUGCUGUGUUGUUCUGCGCGUACGGCAUGUGUAAAAAGAUUGUGACGAAGCUGGUGAAAAAGUCGACCGUGACGAGCCUGAACCCCCUGGAGAACGCCCUGGCGGGGUCCGGGGCAGCAUUCUUCUCUUCGUUCACCCUGUGUCCCACGGAACUCAUCAAGUGUCGUUUGCAGGCCAUGAGAGAAAUGGCCACGGGAGGACAGCUGGAUGGAGGUCUUGAGAGACUUAAAAUAGGCCCGUGGGGUUUGACGCGAGAGAUUCUGCACGCGGAGGGAGUACCGGGUUUAUUUAAGGGACUGACCAGCACGUUAUUGAGGGAGAUGCCAGGAUAUUUCUUCUUCUUUGGAGGAUAUGAAAUAUGUCGAGAUCUGCUUACUCCAGUGGGAAAAACGAAAGAGGAGAUAGGUGUGUGGAGGACUAUUGUGUGUGGUGGAGUGGGGGGUGUGGCACUGUGGGUGGCCAUCUUCCCAGCUGAUGUGUGCAAGUCACGCAUCCAGGUCCAGUCAGUGUCGGGCAAAGCUCCGACAUUCAGAUACACGUUUAUGAACAUCCUACGAAAUGAAGGUGUCCGAGCGUUGUACAAAGGACUUGGCCCGACAGUAAUACGAACAUUUCCUGCUACUGGUGCUCUGUUUUUAGCAUACGAGUACACCUCGAAAGUGCUCUACAGACUGAUGGACAAAGAUAAGGAAUAACGAAGAAAUGGAACCUUUCACAAUUUAAAUAUUUUCCUGUUUUCUCUGUGUGAAAAGCAAGACCAGCACAUGAACUAUUAAGACUGAGAAGCAUUGUCUGUCGACUGUUUUUGUUAUUUGCUGAGCAAAAUUCGUAGUAGAGGUACAGAAUUCGAUGAUUACAAUGCUGAUGUGAAGUUGUGGUUGUUGAUGAACUAUUAAGAUAUUACCAUACUGUUUGGAAGUCUGAGUAGCCUGUCUCAGUCGCAAUUUUUAACAUUGCAAAAUUGUUUUUUGCUUUGAAACAUUUGGCACUGUAUGCGAUUUGAGAACUGGUUUCUUAAGAAUAUUGAAAUUAGUGCUAGUAUGUGUACUUGGUUAUAUAUUCUUAUAUACAUUGUUGUUGUUUUUUGCUGUGACUUUAUUUUCUUAGGAAGUCCGAUAUUAGCAUAAUUUAUUCAAGUGAAUUUAUAUAUAGUAUAUUUAUAAACUGCUCUCUUUUUUUCCAUGUGAUACAUCAUAGUGCACAUUUCAUUUCAGUUUAUUUUUAUGCUUUUAUUCAACUAUGGUUCAAGCAUACUACUUUGAGUGCUCAUCUCAGUUAGCAGGCCAUCUGUCCAGGAGAGAAGUUUAUGGUUAGUUAUUUGUAGUAGCCUCACACCUCUCUUAUUAGGAUGCAGGGCACAAAAUAGGAAUUAAAAUAUGGUCUGCUGUUGUUUCUUCAAAGUCGCAGGUUAAAAGAAAUAUGUCUUGCUAAAAUAUGGCCUGUUGAAAAUAAAAGACAGUAGGGGUUGAAGGAAGGAUUCGGGAUAGUGUGUGAAAAAUUAGGAAUUAAAUUACAACAGUAUUACGAGCUAAAUAGCAGAUGAUGUGCAAAUUUUGUUUGUAGUUUUAGCAGCUGAAUUGCUAUUCUAAAAUAUGGACUGUUUUUCGCAGGUUGCUAUUUCCAGCCAUGGGUUGAGUUGGUUUUGACAUACAAUUCAAUAUCCAUCAGCCUUAACUACAUGAGUUAAGCAUUAUGCCAAUGAAGCCAAUAGGAAGAAACUUUAAAAUUUUAUUUCUACCAGAACAGUAUACCAUGGUUAUUGAUAUACCAUUAUUGCGCCAAGUAGGCCGAUAGGAAGAAACUUUAACAUGGUUAUAAUAGAGAUGUGGCCUAGCAGAAUUUCCAGAAUAUAGAGUAUAUUGACCUGGUGACCCCUCGACUUACCCAUAGGCUGACCUCAGACCACUAGGAUACUGACUGGGUCAGCUGUGGACUGCACCAGUUUCACGAGUUUUUGUAUAGGUCGAGUGGUGUGUGAACACUGCACAAAAUGAGUUAUGUGGACUUCCACAAAUUGAAAUAUCAUGUAUGAAGAAUGUUUGGGGUGUAUGUGUGUUGACACACAUGAAGUUUUAAAAUGUUUAAUGUUAUUUGUUUGUACAAUAACUUUUAAAAGUAUAAUCAUCAAUUCUGAUGUGAUCAUUUCAGAUAAUAGUUUCCAUAAGUAGACAAAGGAAAUGCUUAUUUUAGUGAUAGAAACUGAUUGUUACGUUAUUUACCUGGCAAGGUAAUGUUAAUUGUUUUAGAAAAAUAUCAUUGAUACUCAACAUACUUCAUUGUAUGCAGUAAAAAAGGAAUGUGUUUGACACCCCAGUUUUAAACAACAGCUACUUAAUGCAACAUUUACCAGUAGUUUAGAACACAAACAUGUCACCGCAUAGGCUACAUGUACUUUUACCAGAACAGCAUGUAACAAUGCCAUUAAUGUACUUAUUGAGGUAUUGACUGAAAUAAGAAAAAAAACCAGUGACUCCGUUAAUGGGGCUUGAUCCUACAAACCAUUGUAUCCUAGACAUGGUCCUCUAAGGAAAAAGAAAAAUAAUCAUGAUAGAUGCACAAUCCCGCACAUGUAAAAUCCAGACUUUGGGUAUGAGGUAGUGAUGGGUAUAUGUUUCAAAGAUAUGGCGGCACUACUUUAUUUUUCUAUCUGUAAUUUUAUAUACAUAAAUCAAUUUAAGUCUUGUUCAGUUUAACACACACCGGUGUAAGCGUUUUUUUUUAUUCUUGUAAUUUCAUAUACCAUUUAUGAAUAGAUCUGUGUAAGGGUGUGGUUCAGUUUUAAAAUAAAUAUAUUUAACAAAGAUUUUACAGUAAGAUUUAUAUAUAUAAACCAAAUAACAUGAUGCAAAUGUAUGGUGCACGAUAUAUACAAGAUAACCUUUACAAUGUUUGCUUUACUUUGUUGAAAAAUGUUUUACGAUUUUGAGAAAUGGGAUUUCUACAAUAUUCUGAUGUGAAAUAAAUGGGAUAUAUUUUU